UUCUCAGUAUGGUUUAGGCGGUUGUCAUACUUGGGGAUUUUGCGUUGGGCUUUUGGCAGGAGGUUGGAAAACGUUAUUUUGAAUGUAUGAAAGCCGAACAUGGCCGGGAUACGGAGAAAAAACGGAAAAUAUCAAUGCAUGAGCUCUGCCGUCGGGUGCUCCCGCUUGCGGCAGGUGCAGUCUCUGCUCAGCGACGGCGGGAAAGGAACCCCGGACGCCAUUCUGUGCACCCUAGGCAUUGACAGCAGGUACAAUGAGGGCUGCAGUGAGCUGGCCAACUUCCUGUUCUUCGGGCUGUACAGCCAGAGCCAGCUGCAGCUGGACCGCUUCUGUGAGGAGUUCCCUGAGGAGGUGCUGGACGACGUGAUCCUGCUCAUCACAGCGGAGAGCGUGCACCUGUACUGCAACCCGGUCAACUACGGCUCCCUCCUGCCCUACGUCUCCCACUGGAGGAACCUGCGCCUGCACUGCAUGACCGAGACCGAGUAUGAAGAUGAGGAGGCAGCUGAGGAAUUCAAGAUCUCCAGCUUCGUCAACAUGGUGCAGGACUGCAGCCGCAUUGGAGUGCCAUACAGCUCCCAGGGGCACGUGCAGAAGUUUGACAUGUUCAUGGUGGAGAAGUGGCCCAUCAUCCAGGCCUUCGCCCUGGAGGGGAUCGGGGGCGGGGGGUUCUUCACGAUGAAGCACAAGCUGAUUGACAUGAGCGAGAAGCUGUGGAAGAUCUACAGCAGAAUGGAUCCCGUCUCCCUGGAGAUACUGCUGACUGAGGACCUGCAGGCAUUUGAGAAGCAGUGGGCCAGCUUCUUCUCCAGCAUGGACAUGGAGAGCCACUCGUCCGUCCUGGAGCUGUCCGAGGCACAGGCCGGGGAGCCAUUCCGAAGCUAUUUCUCCCACGGCCUCAUCUCCAGCCACAUCACUGACAAAAGUAAGAGCCGGCAGCCGUUCCUGCUUUUCGGGAGCCACUCCUCCAGGGAGGACAUGCAGAGCUACUGCUUCACCUUCCCCUCCGAGGGGCACCAGGUCCGAAACACGGGGGCGCAGGGGACCCCCGCCAAGCACAUGCUCAUCCAGUGCGUGGGACCCAAGGGCCCGCUGGCUUGCUCUCGGACCUAUUUCUUCGGCACCACCCACAUCCCCUACCUGGGGAAAGACAAUGAGCAACACAAGAAGACGGAACUGAUGCUGCUGUCUCAGCUGUAUGAAGCCGCGGUCGAGGCGGUUUUGGCGGGCAUGAAGUGCUACUCCUGCACCAGCAGCGCUGCCAAGGCUAAAGACAUAGCUGAGCGGACCUUCCUGAUGUCUUUGGACAUUUUCAACCUGCCCGAGUACAAGAAUGUUCUCAGAUCCAAAGCCAUGUUUGACAUCCAGGCUGUGAAUAAUGAAGGAAGAAUCGUCCCCCUGGACGACGAGGAGAGCAGAUUCCUGGUGAAAACAGCCUCCAUGACGGUUCACGACAUUCCAGACCUGCAGUUCGGCCGAGGGGACCUGGGAUCUGUAGUCUUCUCCGAGUCCUUCCUGGAGUCCACCGUCUACAUUCAGGAACCAGACGGCGGCGUUUCCUCGGACAGCUGCUUCACCGUCCUGACGGCCGGCGUCCCACGCUACGUCUCCUGGCUGGUUGAGGAGUCGGAUGUGAGACUCUCAAAGCAAGCUCAACGCCUGCAUAUUGAGGAAGAGGGCUCUUGUUUGGGGACUCCUCUCUCUGUGGGGGAGACCGCUGUGGUCUUCUCCAGCAGCCUGCUCUGUGCCCCCGAGGAAGGUAAAAUCAGUUUCUUUUCGGAGGGGAUCCUGUUUGUGCACCCCCGCUACGGGAGCGUCACCCUGUCCAAGAACCUCAUCAGCGCUCUCAAGUUCUAUGACGGGGACUCCUCCAGCUCUGCUACAUCUCUGUUUGUGGAGUACAAGGGCACCCUGCUCCCCCACCUGCCCUUCCAGCUCCACAGCGCCUCCCACUGUUUGGCCUUUGCCCUGCAACCCAAGUCCAAGAGCUACAGGGCCUUUUACUCACAGGUGCUGGCAGUGUGGCAGCAGAACUCUGAUGCAGGACUGCUUCUGCAGCUGGUGGGCAGUGAACAGCUCUCACUGGAGCAGAGAAGCAUGCUCUCCCGAUUGGACAGGCUGUACGAGAGCCACGCCCUCCCAGCGUCUGAGCGCAGGGGCAACCUGAAGGCUGUGUGCGCUGAACUGCCCGAGCUCGACAUCUUCCUGCAGCACCUGGCGCUGAGCACUGUGGGCCAGGAGAGCCUGCAGAGCGCGCACCUGGAGGACCUGUUCCCCAAACGAGAGCCCACAGCACCGCCGCGCGCCCCGGCCGACAAGAUUGUAAUCAACAUCAUCACUGGCCUGCCUGGGAGCCACAAGGACAGCCUGUGCAACUACCUGGUCAGCCUCAACAAGGAGUACGGCAGGUGGGCAGUGUACCGCCCCGCCCUGGACAGCUGCGACUCCUUCAGCAGGGCUCACCUGCAGCGGUACCUGAGCUCCCUGCUGGAGAGCCAGAGGAGCCGCGGAACCCGCCACUGCGCCCUCACCCGCCGCGGGCUCCGCCUGCUGCUGCUCACCCCGGGGUACACAGACGUGCUGGACGUGGUGCAGGCAGUGCUCACCCACCCAGACCCCAGGGCCCAGACCGCCUUCAGCCUGGGGGCCGUUACUGCCUGUGUGGACCCCCUCAGCUCCUACAUGGAGCACAGGUUCCUUUUUCCGAAGCUCCUGGAACAGUGCAGCCAGGGCAUGGUGAGCUGCGUGGCGUUCACCGGUCUGUCCGGCGACCAGCGGCACCCCCUCCUGCACCAGCUCCAGCAGCUGAUCCGAGCAGCCAAUCCCAGCGCAGCGUUCAUCCUCGCAGAGAAAGGCGCGGUGACCAGGAAUGAGGAUGUGGAGCUGAUCUUAUCUGAGAGGAGCUUCUCAGAGUCGCAGAUGCUGAGAGCUCGUUACCUGCUCUACCCAGGCUGGUUCGAGGGGAAGUUCCGCACCAGCGCCUCGUCUCCGCCCAUCUCCCAGGAGCGUGUGCAGUUCAGCCGGCCGCUGGAGAAGCCGCUGUUCCUGGCGCGAUGCAAAGCGUUUAAAUCCUCUCUGAGGCCGAACCCGUUCGCCGGAAACGUCUACAACGUCUGGGGCCGAGUCCUUUUCUCUGACUCGGAGCAGUUGAUGGAGGUGAGCUACAACGUGGUCAGCGGGACUCUGGGCGUGGUCCCCGUGCAGGACGGUCCGAGCCCCCCUCCCCAGGGCGUGGAGCCCCGCCCCCGCGCCCCCGAAUGCUUCCUGCUGUUCGACGGAGUGGGCCUCACCCAGGACAGCCUGAAGAACUGGCUGCGGCAGUGCGCAAAGCAGAAAACCGCGAAGAGACCAAGGAAAACACAUGAGGUGCUGACCCUGCAGGAGAUCAAGAACAUUCAUGUGAAGCGACACUUGGAUCCCCUCCCGGCGGGUUACUUCUACAACGGGCACCAGUUCGUCAACUUCUUUGGAGAGAAAAUGAACUUCCAUCCAUUGAUGGAGCGGUUCAUAGACGAGUACGUGGAAGAAGCCAACAAGGAGGUCGAGCGCUUCAACCGCGAGCUGGAGCUACAGGGACAGCCCGACCUGUUUGACCCCUAGAGGCUCCGCCCACUCCACAGGUCAUCCCAUCGUUUGUCUGUGAGGGAUUCCAGGGAGGGGGGUGGGGGAGGGUGGGGACAAGGGUGGGGGCGGGUUGUGAGGGUCCAUACCACAACGUCAUGCCAUCCACAGAAACCGGGGUCUCCCAUUUUCCGGCGAGGGGGAGCGCCACGAGGCCACGCCGUCACGCAAGAGUCCCUGACCUAGACCUGAACCUGAACCUGAACCUGAACCCGUCCGCCACCGCAGAGAGCCAGGGCCACAGGCCUGAGCCGGGUCCUGACAAGCCCUUUUUUAUGUGAAUAGUGUAAAUGAAGUUCCUCUCCAUAGGAAGAGUACGGCUCUGACCGAAGCUCAUGAGGAGCGAGUGACGUGUUCACACGUCGGAUUCGGGGGUCAUCGCCGCUUUUCGCCUAGCUGCACGGCUGACCGAUUGGCUGCAGUUUGUUGAUACCGAGCCCUUACCGAGUGGGCCGGACCAAGCUGUCUUUGGCAAAACGGUGAUACGUCAUUGGCCCGAUCCAUUUUGGUGUAAAUAAGCAUUUAACGGUGGCCUCAAAACUGCCGACGUGUAUCAUAAAGGCUCUCUGUAUAGCGGUGGCAUUUACAGAGUUACAGUCAACAUGGAAGAUGGCGAGUGGUCAGGUCAGGUCAGGUCUGGACCUCUGGUCUCGGCGGAUCCAGGGAAGCCCAACGUCAUCUUAGCGUGACGUGCAAAGACACAAGUUGCACACAAACAUGAGUAGACAUGCCAGGUUUCUGUUUUCGUUGUUCAGCCAUGAUAAAAACCGUUGUGCUGGGAGCACUUCCCACACGGCCACUGUACUGAUGGCUCUUUUAGGUACAGCCCCAGUUCACAAAGUCAGAGCCACUCAUGUCAUGUCCAGACCACAUGGGUUUGGUGUGGGUGCCAGAGGGUGGGGCUGGGGAUGGGGAGGGGCGGGACGGAACUUGGGCGGGGGUUGGGUUGGAUUGGGUUGGGUUGGGUUGAGUUGGGCUGAGUUGGGCUGGGCCAGGUUAGGCCCGGACGUAGUCAGUCCGUGGAUGUUAGAUUGUGCCGAACGGUGUUGUCCAUGGCAGUGGUAGAAAAAGUCACGUUAGACACUUGAAACUGGUGUGUCACUCACUUAUUCUAUGCAUGAGUAGUGCUUGUGUCCUCAUAUAGGAGCCUGUAUGGCUGACAUUAGUUAUGAUGACAGAAGGGGGUCAUCUGUGUCCAGACAGCUGAACGCAAAAGCAAAAAAAAAAAUCUAAUAAAAAUACAAUGCAAUAUCCGAAACAGUGUCCUUCUAAGGCCAAACCUUCUGCAGACCCUGGAUUCCCUGGUUAAUUGGGAGCACUGGUGUGUUCUAUCGAAUGGCGGUUAGUGGCAGCGAGCAGCGACGAGGCCUCAGAGCGGACUGUAAGGUCGGAUGUCACACAGAGCCGAAAGGCCUCCACACCGUCUUUGCGCGCGCGGAACAGGCCGUCCGCUGAAGUAUCCCGCCUCAGCCUGUUUGACACGGUCACCCCACCGUCACUUCAUCGUACCUUAUGAGGUCAAGAGGUCAAGAGCGGAAUCCUUUAAACUUGAAGAGAGCCAGAGAGCCACUAAGCCAUUGAUAGUGCCCAGGUUGUUAACAUUAAUAGCUCAGGUUACAACACCCCCACCUACUCCCCUUUCCCUGGGAAGUUUGAGAGUGCCAAGCUCCCCUUGGCUUAGUGAGGGAAAACUCAUCUGGAUCCAUUAUGCCAAAGACCAAGAGCGUGAACGGACAGGGAAACGAUGAGUCGCCCAGAGGUCUGUACGUAAGACAACGAUGUCGACUGCGAAGCACACAAGAGAGCAUUAAUGUACUCUGCCCCCGUGACCUCUGACCUUACAGCAGCCACGCUCUUUCAGGAAUAAGGCUCGAGACGCAGACCGCAGGGACUUCAGUAUUCACCCUGCUGUAAAGGGGUGUCCUCUCGCUCGACUCUUCUGGGGGGAAACUCAACUGAAGUCUCCUGUGGCUCAGGAGCCAAGCCGUGUGCUAUGCUAACAUAGCAUAGCUGCCUAUCCACUGGGUCUGGUAGUGUUAUUUUCAUGGUCAAAAUUAACCGCAGUAUUUGUAGCAGACGUGGUUAACUAGAGAUUGACCUUUGGGGUGGGAGGGGUGCAUGAGACCUUUCACUAAGAAGAAAUACAAUGGGACCCGUCUUGCAAGACAGAUUAGUUGGGCCGUGAUUUGUACAAAACAAAGGGGUAGUCGAAUAUGCGUAAAGACAGAGCCCCUCACUACUGACUCAAGGAAUCGAUGAGUCCAAGGGACCGUUUCCAGGUUGUGUAGUCGCUGCAAGCUCACUAGCGGUGCGUCUAAGCGUAAAGGUUCCAGGAGAAGCUGUUUGAGCUUUAAACCAGCGAAAUCAAAGCAGAAGUCGGCGCCAUUCGUUUUUCGAAAUCCCAGUUGCGCGGCAACCAAAGAUGGUUCAGCUGUAGCAGAGACACUGCUGGCCCCCCUGUCUGUAUUACCUACGGAAGAUGUGUUGUGUGAGCGUCUGACCAAGCCAUACGCUUUAAAGGGGCGGGCCCGUGGUGGAGGGGGGGCAAAACAGGUGGUCUAGUCCCGCCUUUAUCGGGCCACUGCCCCCCUGUCCCCACCAGCACGCCCCAGGGAGACGCCAGAGAGGGGUACGGCCCGCUGUUGCCCCCCCCUCAGUCAGGAGGCGAGCUCCCUGGGGCAACGCCCCAAAUGCUAAUCCUUAGUAACUGUACUCUGGCUGUGCACACCUCUGUGUAUCCACCCUCGGAGAAACUCUUUAAGGACCAAAAAAACGAAAAAUAAAUUAAAACCUGGACGCCUCGUCAGCGUUGUGCGUGCCGAGGCGUCCAGCGUGGGAUUUCAAUUUUGGGAGGGGUGUGACCUGUGAGCUCCCCCCGUGCAGCUGAGGUAAAGCCGUGAGUCUAGAAGUCCCCGGAAGUUUCUCUGGAGCGCACGCGCUUGAGCUGUGGCUGAACCGGGCCAGUCUGGGCUGAACCGGGCUGAACCGAGCUGGACUGGGCCAAACUGAUUGGUCCCCUGCUGACUUGCACGCCGUCGAAGGGCCUCGAGCCCGUCGAGCUGCUUCUCCUACGGUCCAAGAAGGGAGAUCGCACGGCCAAAGCAGCGGCUCCGUUCCGUAGCGCUUUGUAUCGCGAGAAACAUCAGUGGGGGAGCUGCGGGUUUGAGACUCCAGGUCAAUCUCAGAUUGGUGCUAAAUUUGCCUACCAUUGGGUGGGACAGUGUUGACCCCCCUGCCCAAUGUACUGGAGUCCUUAAAGGGUCCGAAGGGUUUGCAACACACAAUAUUUAGCUGUCAUUAAGAGUACUUAAUAGCACAUACUAUUUGCAUGUGUUACGAUGUCCUCACAAGGUCUGUUUAAGUCCUUACAAAAUGGCCUUUCACCAAACUGGUACUGCAAAGCAGAGGAACUAAAGAAUCACAACUAUUUUACAUAUCUAAUGAGAAUUGAAUUACCUCUACGUUGUAGAAUAUUUUUGUAAUGCUGUGAAUUGAGAAGAGAAAAAAAGAAAAAAACACUUAAACACAAGUGGCUACAGGAAAUCCUGUCUUAAUCCAAUAAAAAUAUGAAAAUAAAAAAAAUAAACUCAACUAUUUAAAGUAAGCUGAGAGAAAAAAAGUGAGGUUAUUUUUUUGCUAUUGUUGCUCCGGCAGUGCCUUCGAAACGGCAAAGGGAGGAACCCUAAGUGCAGGGAGCUCUAUGGAGGGGGGGGGGGGACCGGAGUCACAGGCCCCCCCUCUCCCCCUCUCAAAAACAGUGUUUGGUGAAAGGAGUCUAGAGCGAGUAUCGUAACCCCACCCGGGGGGGGGACGCGGCGAAACGCAGGGGUGGCUCCAGGGCCCGACCCGUGUUACCGGCGGCCGAACGGAGGGACGUGACACGGGCACGGCCAAAGAGACGAAAAACGCGAUUAAAAUGGAGGGGCACGGCGCGGCCAGCAGCUAUCGCCCGUCCUCGUCCGAGGGCUGCCGUCGCAUCGAGCCAUUUUUUCGGAUAAAAAAAAGCGGAGGGGUGGGGUGGGGUGGGUUAUUUGGUGAAACGUUUCGUUUUCGAACGCUGCAUUUGAGCGGGGCGGCCUGCCGUUGGGGCUGGGUGGCCCCCUACUCUCCGGAUUGCAAAGGAGGGGGGCCCCAGUGUGGCCCUGGAGGGGUCCCACCCAAAAACUGCACCUGCGUGACCCUCCGGGCUUAAUCAGAUAUAACCAAGCGCUGUGUAUUCUAUGUGUGUGGGAAGCUAGUGGUUUUGUCACUGAAGUUAUAGGACAAAAACUCAAUUUGGUGUCAAAGGGAAUUUUUUUCUUCAUUUUUUUUCUAAAGAAAAUGAUAUAUAUGAAUAGAGAUACUCAAAUGAACUCUUUUGGAUAAGCUAUGGUGAAAACUUAAAAUGUGGAGAACUUUGUUGUUCCUUAAUUUUCUGUUGUUUUUUUUAGAAGAGUGACGUAGAAGCUCAGAAGGGCCAAAUUUUGGGAAUGUAUGCACUUUUUGACGGUUACUGAAAUCUGAAUUCUCUAUAUUUCUAACGUUUUGUAGCAGAAAAGAGGUCUUAGAUUUACCUGCGGGGGGUGGGGGGCUUGUUCCCUGAGAAAAUGCCUCAUUUUGCCUCGCCCCUUUCUCCCUCGAAUGCAACCUUUUAAAACUCCACCUCUUCGUGAAAAUGGCCGCCAUCACCUCGAGUGUUGAACUAAGAGCCACAGCCUUCACCUGCUUACUCUGAACUAAAGCCCUCCCUCCCCCCUGAAGCCCCUGAGUCCUGGCCAGCAGAGGAGACGGGGCGAUUCCCUGCGCGGCGACCUGGCGUUCGUUCGCCACGAGCAGCGUGAUCUUUGUCUACUCAGGUUUUAAUCUCUGCUUUCUCUCUGUGAUGUCACCUGCUCCUUUAGCCUAGGCUGUCCUCCAGUGACACGCCCCCUGGCCAGCUGCUCCACUACAAAAAAAAAACCUAACAGGGAGGGGUUAAAAUUGGACAGGCCCUUGAAAUGUGUGUGCGGGGAGGAGGGGGGAGGAUGGUGUCGGUGGUCAGGGCAAGGCAUUUCACACAUCUGCCUGGUCAACAGAUGAUUGGCCGGUGUUGAUUCGUGCUCCGCCCCUUCCUGUCGCUCUCUCUGUGGGGGGGGGGGGGGGGUAAAUAUUUCUGGCUGGCUGGUGUUAAGCACACGCUGGUCGUAAAGACUGUGAAACUUGUGGAAAAGCGACGCCUCCAUGCUUCACUGCUCCGCGUUCCCUAAAUUUCUCCGCACCCCGAGUUCACACCGCUUUCUCGCUCGCCAUUGGAGAUAGAUUUUUCGGGGGAACAAGCCCACCUGUCCUGAGAACAAUUCUACUGAUUUGCACAAACCCCUCCGUCCCGUAUCCCAGCUGAUGUCCCACCCAGGUGGGGCCUCUAUUCUGUUUAAAUAGGAAGUAUUAGGAAGCUCCUAAAACUGCAAAAUGCUUCCCCGUGAUCGAUCUGCAAGGAAAUAACAGACAUUCAGUUAACAAAAAUGCUUCUUUUCUUUUUUUAAAAAGAAUUUACUUACCUCAAACACUAAAUUCAUAAUAUUUUGAACUCUAAAUUUCAGACUGAAACAAGACUUUCAGGAAGAUGUACUUGAAAAGUGCCAAAAUGUUCAUUUGUUGUUUUUAUUGCUGUUCUUUUGUUUUUGUUUUGUUUGUUUUGGGUGGUGUUGAUGAAAUUUGAAUUAAUUGAAAUCAGUUGAAUCCUGUUUGCACAAAACUACUGUAACUUCAGUUUUUUUCUGUGACUGAUGCUUUUAUAAUCUUAUAUUUAUUACAGUAAGUAACCCAUUAAAUAUAUUGAUAUGGUUAAUUCUUCUGUUUAUUUUUGUAUUUAUCUGGUUCUCGCAACCUUUGCUUGUCUGUUUCCACGGAUGUAUUGCAACUAAAAUAAAUUUAAAAAGCA